GUUCAAUAUGCAUAAAACACAGUUUAGUCUCAUUGUUUUAGUGCUAUUGAAUGUUUAUGGAAAUCGAGCCAUCUUUUGGAAUAUAGAAAACUCUGAACUACUAGUUUUACACAAUGCAUAUAGAAGGGAUAUAAAGUAUGGUACUGUUCUCGAUCAACCAAAAGCAGAUAGUAUGCUCAAACUACAAUGGAGUCAUAAAUUGGCUAAACUAGCUCAAGCAUGGGCAUUUCAUUGCGUGCCAACACGAAGUAACUUAACCAUGAGGGAUGGUUCAAAAUGGACAUAUGUCGGCCAGAAUAUUGCUGUCGUUUCUAAAGUUAGAGACGCAGUGUCUGUGUGGUUUGACGAACAUAAGAACUACAAUUUCAAUAAAAAUAUUUGUCGGCCAAAUAAAACCUGUGCAAAUUACAAACAAUUAGUAUUUGCCGAUACCACACAUAUUGGAUGUGGGUUUGCAAAGUGUAAAAAUCUAGAAGCACCAAAUAACAUACUUGUUGUUUGCAAUUAUGGACCAGGGGGUAAAUAUAUCAAUAGGAAACCUUAUGAAUCCAGAUUUUAUGAGGAUUUACCCUAUUUCAUUAUAGUCUAAUAACCGAAUAUCACUAAUGUUCAUGUAUGAAAACAGAAUAAUGUUUAAAUAUUUUACACUUUAACACAGUAUGGUUUAAAUUUAUGAUUAGACAGAAUGUAUGAAUAACUGUUUGGUUAAUUAUAAGAAUGAUUAAAAUAUUUCAAAAUCAAAAGAAUUUUCUUUUAAUAAUUAUAUUCAACCAUAUUUAUUUAAAGAAAUAAAUCAAAGAGAUUAUGCUGAUUCAGUGGCCCGAAAGUUAAGCGUUAACCCGCGGGACUGAUAGUUCCUGGAUUCGAAUCCCAUGGAUGGAAUCGUGAAUGCGCAUUGAUAAGGUGUUCGAUAAUCGGACUAAACAGUCGUCCCGUACUUCCAGGUUUUCCAUGGUGAUCUAGCGUUAAAUGACUUUUAUAAAUUCAACUAUUCAAAUUACUAUAAUAUUCACC